AUGGCCGUCCCCACUCUCGACCCACUCCACCAACGAAUCUACAACUACAUCAACCCAUGCCGUGGCAACAUUCCGGAGAACGUCAUCUCCACCAUCGCUGGCAACAUCAGCUUCGUUAUCCGCCACGUCCAUGGCCCUAUCAUCAAUCCCGAUCGCGUCUCCAUCCCUGUAGUCGAUAUAGGCAACCGCGGGCACAGAGCGGCAGUGGUGGUGCACAAGGAGGAAUUGAACAGCGCCGUCGUCGUCGAGGCGCGGGUUAAUUGGGGCGAGAAUGCUAUCGUGGCCUUGGGGAAGAAGGUAGAUAGGAUGAUCAACGAGCUGUUGGACCUCUCACAGGCUCUUUGCACGCCGCAGUGA